AUGUCUAUUAUCGACGAUAUGUUGUACUAUUCAAGGAAUCUUGGCAAGGCCAGUGACUUCCCCCUAAGCAGCCCCCAACUGCCUUCCCAUCCUCCAGCCUCGGGUCAGGUCCGAGUCGGUCCACCCAACCUGCAUUCCAAUUCCUCCCCCAAGCCCGGGUCAGGGUCUAGUUGGAACUUCUUUUUUAAGCAGGGCCCCCAACUUCUGAGAACCAUCUCCAGCCUCGGGUUCAAGGGUUCUAGUAGAUGUCAAGUCCCCCAAGACUUCCUUAAUAUUGGUCCUUUUUCUAGGCCAGUUGAACUUCCUAGCAGCCCCCACCUGGCCUUCCAUUCUCCAGGCCUUCGGGCAGGGUCUAGGAGUCAGGCCACAAAAAUGCCUUCCAUUCUCCCAGCCUCAGGGUCACGGUCUAGGAGGCCAGCGAAUUUUAAGCUUCGAGCCAGUCCCCCAACUGCCUUCCAUCCUCCAGCAAUCAUGUCACGGUCUAGGAGGCCACGAACUCUGAACUCUAGCAGUCCCCCAACUGCCUUCCAUCCUCCAGCCUCGGGUCAGGCUCUUGUAGGUUCUCAAGUCCAAACUGAAUAUGGUCUUUUUCUAGGCCAGCGAACUUCUAGCAGUCCCGGAACUGCCUUACAUCCGUCAGCCUCGGUUCAGAGUCUAGCCAGUGGAACUUCUAGCAUUCCCCCAACUGCCUUCCAUCCGUCAGCCUCGGGUCAGAGUCUAUGCCUUCAGCGAACUUCUAGCAGCCCCCAAACUGCCUUCCAUCCUCCAUCCUCCAGCCUCGGGUCAGGGUCUAGUAGGUAUCUCAAGCCCAGACUGAAUAUUGGUCUUUUUUCUAGGCCAGCGAACUUUUUAGAAGCAGCCCCCAACUGCCUUCCACCUCCAUCCUCCAGCCUCGGGUCAGAGUCUAGCCAGCAAACUUCUAGCAGUCCCCCAACUGCCUUCCAUCUUCCAGCCUCGGGUCAGGGUCUAUUAGCAUCCCCAUAUCCUGUAGGCUUAGGUGUAGGUCCAGGUUUGGGCUUAGGAGAGAAUUUAUAUGAGAAAGAGAAUGAGUUAGAUUGGUUAGAGAAAUUAAAGAGAGUGCAAGAAAAGAACCACAAAUUUCACAGUCAUUCACUCAUCCGCAAGUGA